AUGGAGUCUAGCCACCUCAGUACUACUCAUCUACAGUUCUUGGUUACCUCUCGAUCCGUCCCUUGUAGUGAGGGAGCAAAUCGUUUAAAAAUUCGGAUCUUUUAUGUUCAUAUAAACUAUUGUAGUGAACUUUAGAGGAGGGCAAAUAUACUAACAACCAAUAUGAGAACUAAAUAAUACCAUGGGAAACUUUUUAUUUGAUUUAAUAGUGGUGUAGUCAUUUCUCGUCGUUUUGUCGCCAAAUACACGUGUUACCCUUGAGAAGGUACGCUCAAGAUACAUUCUCUGUGGCAAAUGGUAAACACGAACAGAGCGCGCAAAGAAGCUUUUACCUAACCUGUGAAAAGCUGUGAUAGACUAGUGUUUUCACCUCCAAAGGUCUCCCACAACCUUCACCAGUUACCUGUUGACUUUAGAUCAUCAUUGAGGUAAAAAUCAAGGCAUGUUUUAUGUAAAAGUUUCCUGCUAUCCUAAACGUGGCACAUGAGCGGGGGAGCACGACCUUGCCGCUACUUGCACCUGAUCUCACUUGCCAGUCUGUUGAUCAUUUGCAAGUGGGUUUAAUAUUCCCCUGUUGCCUUUCUCCAGAGUGCAACAAGAUGUCAUCUUCCUGUAGCACGGACACCUAGACACAAAGAACAGGGAGCCUUUACUGCAAGAAUCUAAGAGAACGUCAGAAAAAUUCUGAAAGUGGCGUGAAGCACUGAUGACGGAACAACUGGUUCCUCUUGAGGCCAUGGAGGUGGAUUAUGACUCUGAUGCUACAGAGGUCAUCGACAUCACCCAGGAGGACAUUGAUGAUGAUGAAAGAGAGGAGGAUGAGGGAGGCAGCAGGACUCCUAGUAUUCUUGAAGUAGAUAGUGAGGAUGAACCAAGCCCUGAGAUUGCAAGAACAGCAUCAGCACGAGUAGCAACAGCAGCAGUAGUGGCACCAGCACCAUCACCACCACCACUGGUACCAGCACCAGCACUGGCAGUGGCAUCAGCUCCGGUAGUGGCACCAGCACCAGUAGUGGCACCAGCGCCAGCACCAGCAGCAGUGGUGGCGGCAGUGUAUCUGCUAUCAGACAGUGAAGGGGGGGAAGCAGAUGAGGAAGGCAGCAGCACUCCCAGUGCUCAAGAAUCUGAAGACACAGAAAACAAUGAAACCAGAAGUAGAAGAUCAGCAGCACUGCACGAUUCAGAUCUGGAAGAAGAGGAACAGCAGGAAAUUCAAGGGCAGCAGGGACAGCACUCAGUAGCAACAGCAGCAGCAGCAGCAGCAGCACCGGCAGCAGCAGCAGCAGAGGAACCACUGCAGCCUGAGGAGCCACAACAUCCAUCGUCCUCCUCUCAGGGAGGUCACAGUUCACACCCAUCUCCUACCCCUCCUCCCUCUGUGCCACCGGAUGGUUCUCAAGCCCAGCAACAAACUAUACCAACACUCUUUAGUGGGCUCCAAGAAAGAAGAUCUUCUGUUAGUGUUAUUUCUGUUGGCUCUAAUGUUGAAGACAGUGAUUCCAAUACAACUGAAAUGCCCAACACCCUGGGAGUGGCUGGACCCAGUACCUCAGCUGUCCCCUUAAGCUCUACACCUAAGAAACAGUCUGCAGAUGCAGCCCCAGCUCCACCCUCUCCAGAAAGUGAUGAUGAAGGACAGACCUGCCCCAUCUGCUUUGAUCCGUGGACCAACAAGGGCGAUCAUCGCCUCUCCUCCCUCAAGUGUGGCCAUCUGUUUGGCUAUGAAUGCAUCUCCAAGUGGCUUCAAGGAAGCACUAAAAGAAAUAGGGGAAAAUGCCCACAGUGCAAUGCUAAGGUUACCAAGAAGGACAUCCGGAUCAUCUAUGCCAAGAACAUAAAGGCUCUGGACACAACUGAGAAAGAGAAGAUCAUGAAGGAGCUGGAGAAGGAGCGGGAGGAGAAGCGAAGGUUGGAGGUUGAACAUGCUCAGACCAGGCUAAAGUAUGAACUGAAAAGCCAGCUAGUGGUGAAGCUACAGGAGGAAUUAGAGGCACUGAAGGCAUCGGCCUCAGGAGCACGUCACGCAGGGGUGUCGUCCUCCAAGCCUGGGGAGUCCAGCAGUCUCAAGAAGAGGUUGGUAUUCAAGGAGUGGAUGGAGGUGUGUCGGGAGGGUGGGUGUCGUGUGAUGGCCUACAGUGAAUGGCUAGGCAUGGUGGUGGUGUCCAUGCCCAGCCAGGUGGGCAUGUUUCCUGGGUAUGGCGUUAAGAAGAUUGACCUGCUGACUUUUCGAGUUGAACGCUAUGUGCCUCUUCAUCAGAAGCAAAUUCGGGAUCUGGCAUUCAGCCCAGCCAAGCGCAACCUGCUGCUCUCAGUGGGAAUGGAUCGAAUGGUCAAGAUCACCAACAUCUCCUCCAAUGCAUCAGUGGCACAGUUCAUUGCCUCUGCUCCUGUGUGGUGCUGCUCCUGGAGCACCACCGAGAUGACUGUGUUCUAUGUGGGUACAGCCUUUGGCCACCUGCACCAGUAUGACACCCGGAACACAACCGGCCCCACGGCCACCAUUGAGCUGCCCGGCUCAGGCCCAGCUGUCUCCAUGACAUACAUCCACCCGGGGCCGGACUCCUCCCUGACAUGGGAUGGCCUGCUGGUGGCACGUUUACAGUCAUGCUUUUUUGUGGAGGCUGGGACAUCAGGAGAAGCCAAGAGUCACCAGCUACCCCUGGAUGGCACCUUCACCUCAGUGUCCAGUGAGGACGAUAGCUGCCAUGUGCUGGUAUCUUGCCGCCCUUCACAGCGCCACCCACACGCCCGCCACACGGUGUGUUUUCUGCAGCAAGUAACAUCUUCGGAGGAAGGUGAGACAGAAAGGCGGACAGUGACGACCCAGCCAGUAUACACUUUCCAAGGAGGCACCACUCAAAAGGUGCUGACUCGCUCCAUACUGGCAUCCCCACCCUUCCCAGGCUGCAGCCUGCUGGUGUUUGCCAGUGAUGAGUCCACUCAGAGCAUUUAUGUGUGGGAACUUAGAUCCAUGAGUUGCCUGCAACAGUUGCGGCACCCAGACACUGUGCUGGAUCUGCUGCAGGUGACUGUUAGGGAGACCCCUACCUGAUGGCACUCACUGAGAAGGGUGUGAGGGUGUACUCCUGGGAUAACUAGUGCAGGUGAGAUGGAGGGAUGGGGUGGGGGGGAUGGCAAUACCAAAUGACUUGUAACUUCAUCGGUGGAGAUGGUGGUCUAGCCACAUUACACUGUCAUUGAUUCAUAUGGCAGCCUCUUCUUGCUCCCACCCAUCUGUUGGUGAUGGAUUGAUUAUGGCCUGAAGAGAAACCUGGAUGUACCUUACUUACUUCAUGAUGUCUUCACCAGGCUCAUGGCCUCUUCGUUUAGGCUACCUGAUAACUUGGUCAUUCCUGUCAAGUCUUUCCAGGUCUUCGGUUUGGAUACAACUGCUAGCUAGAAAAUAAAUAUAAUGAUAUUGCACAUAUAAUGUAACUAUUCAAACAAAUGAGGAAGGUCUAGACCGACUUUAAUUUUUUAUAAAUUGAAAAGUUUUCAUUCUUUUACACAGAGUAGGAUGAACAUCCAGGAUUUUUAUUCUUUUAACCCUCUGAGAUGCAGAGCCUUUUAUAGAUCCAGGACCCAAGGCUUCAGGAGGCAGCCCCUCUUAAUGUGCUGCCGAUUAAUAAAGAUGAUAAUAAUGAUCACAUUAAAGACAUUUUAAAGGAUGAUGAUCAGACAAUUAUAUCUUCUUCUAUUACUCAACUGUCCUUCUCUUCUACUUCGAACAUUCUUGAGUUAUCCUUACUUAUGAUCUUAAUUUCAGACUUCACAUUUCAUGUGCGGCUAAAACAUCUAUGAAGUUAGGCAUUCUGAGUCAUCACCAGUUUUUGUCACCCCCAACACUUGCUAACUCUGUAUAGGGGGCCUUCUCCACCCAUGUAUGAAGUAUGUUCCAUACAUGUAAGGGGAAGUUACACUCAUACCAAUCCUUUAUCAACUCUUCUCUUCUUACUGACUGUCUUAAGCCUCUUUCUCAUUGCUGCAGUGUUUCAUCUCAUUACUGUUACUACUGUCGUAUUGCCCUUGGCAGUGCCCCUAUACAUAAUGAAAUUUCAUGUGAUGACUUGCAGGCCAGGAUUGCUUGAGGUCACCAAGUCAUUAAACAAUUUACCAAAUUUAUAAGCAAUUGCAUAGCAAAUUGUAUUUUUUUUAAAAGUAAACAUUACGGGAUAUGUAAAUAUGUACUUUUCUAUUGAAUUUUCAUAAAAAAUCAAUCUGAAAGCCA